AUGGCUAUAUUUGAGAAAUCGUCUAACUCUAAAAUUCGUAUUGAUGAUACAGAAAGACUGACAUGUUGUUUGGAAAAUGCGCAAAAUAUUAACAAACAUACCGAGUACAUUUUACGGGUCCAAAGAGGUCCUAAUAAGGAAAAUAAAUGGAGUGUGUCUCGACGAUAUAGGGAUUUCGCCGCUUUACACGUUAGCCUUCAGCAAUCUAACAUUGACCUUACUAUUCCACCAAAGAAAUUAAUUGGAAAUAUGCAACCAGCUUUUGUAGCUGAACGGCAAGUAGCUUUACAGACUUAUAUAAAUGAAGUCUUAAAACAUCAUGUGCUGGCAUUAUCAUUGCCAGUGAGAAGUUUUUUGGACCCUAACAAUUAUUCCUUAUCUAUAGCAGAGCAGGCACUGCAAACAAUGUCAAUAGCCUUAAGAGGUGAUGGUCAGUAUGAAAUAAAAAGUCUUUUAACUGAUAUAGGAUGGAGAGUAAGAAAACAUUAUUUUUUAGUCACUGAGUCAAACACUCUAAUGAACUGUAUACUAUCUUGGCAGAGUUAUGGACCUGAUCAUACAUUACAUAGCAAAGAUCUGCAAACUGCUUUUAAGAGUUUGCAAAAUAUAUCUCACCCUUACAUAGACGAAAUAAUAUCAAUUCAUAUAUUAGAAACUGGUGCUUAUGUCAUUAGAAAAAUUCAUGAGACCGGGACUGUUAGAGAUUUACUCUAUGGAACUGAAUAUAGUAAGAGUUACUUAUAUAAAUAUGGGAACCCAAAAGUGAGAAAACCCUUCACGACUGGCCAGAUAGCGCAUUAUGGAUACCAAAUAUUACAAGCUUUGAAAUUUUUACAUGAAAAAGGCCUGCCACAUGGUCACAUUCACCCAGGCAAUAUAGCGAUAGAAAACCAAAGGGCCUUACUGAUGGAUUUAGAAAACUUUCUAAUGGGUGUACCGUGUCUCUACCGACCAUUUUUAGUAGAAUUAAAACGAACAAACACAUCUGAAACAGUAGAUGUGUAUUGUUUUGGUAGAACACUCUAUGAAAUGGCCUUCGCGACUACACUCGAGACGCAUUACUGUGAUACAUAUCCGGAAGAAAUCUCAGAAGACUUAGAAUCAAUACUCCGCCUCUGCAUAUCAAGUACUUCAUGUAAGCAUGGCGGCCCCUCACUGGACCACCUGCUGUACCACCCGUUCUUCACACGGACCACACUCAACGGACUAACUCCUAAAUAUGAUACACGAACACACUUAAAGUUCCCGUUAAACAUCAAAGAUAACAUCAAAACUGCUGUUAAAGCGACGGAGGAGAGGUUAUCGAGUGACCAGAAGUUGUUUAGAAGCGCGAAGAGAGAGGUCCGGAUACAGAAGAUACUCAAUUCUGAACAAGAAAUGAAGAAGCAGAAGAAGAGGGUGAAGAAACGCGAGACGAUGUGGAAGUCGUCCUCAUCGCUGGCCGACGUGCGCUCGCACAGCGCGAGCACCGCGUCCUCCCCGACGCCGCCUACGCCGCCGCUAUCGGCAGACACCAGCGCCACGAGCUCGUGCGCGGGCACGAGCCCGAGCGCGCGGGGCGCCUUGCUCAGCGCUAUAUGCUCCUUCGAUAAGUCUCGCCUCGCGCGCGUUAACUCGCAG